CGAGCCGCCUGCUUUGGACCCGAGCCUGAAACUCGCUUCCGGAUCCGAACCUCAGCAGUCGUUGCUCCUGCUCCCGCCGUUGAAAAAUUUUCGAUCACUCUCUCUCUCUCUCUCGCUCGCUCGGAAACCCUAACGCAGUACUAUUUCAAAAUCGAUGUUGGAGGAAGAAAGGCUUUCCCUUUGUGUUGAAUCAGAGUUGAGGAGCUAAAAUCUAUGCCUGGGAACGAAUAUGGAGAGAGGAUCCACAAUUUCUUUGGACAAGAAGGCCUAUCUCAAGACCAGCAUCAGUCUCAGCUUGUUGAUGGAAGCUGGUCCAGUUUCAGUAACGGUUUAGUUGGAAACCAGAGGCGUAUAGACCCAUCCAGUAUUGCCAGUCUCAAGAGUUAUAGUAGCACACGACAACCUGAGAGAUGGCAAUCUUCAAAUUCACACCAUGCCUUGAAUUUUACGCAGCAGCAACCUUCUAUAAGGUCUGAGUACUCCAGAGGUCUAUUGCAAGAUAAUCAGCAACUCACAAAUGGUUACAUCCAUGGGAUGGCACUGCAGAAUGGGUCAACUGUUUUGGGAGUGGGUGUAGAAUCUAGUAGAGAUAACUUAUCAGCGAAAGGGUUUACUUCUGACAUUCAUAAAACUCCUAUGAGGUUUGAGAUGGGAGGAGAAUCUCCGGUUAAUUAUGAUUUCUUUGGUGGUCAACAGAAAUUAAACAGCCAGCCGCCUGGCAUGCUCCAGCCGUUUCCAAGGCAGAAGAUGACUUUCAAUGAUAUGCAACUACUAAAGCAGCAAGUUAUGGUUAAGCAAAUGCACGAGUAUCAACUUCAACAACAGCUUCAUAAGAAACAGCUGGAGGCUAGGCAGCUCAACUGUUUGAAUUCAAAUGCAGUAAAUGGAAAUCGCUCAAGUGAUAAUCAGUCACACCUUUUGAUAAAUGGCAUCCCUCUUCAGGAUGCGUCUAGUAAUGGUUGGCAGCCUGAUCUUGUGUCAGGAAAUACACACUGGAUGCACCCCGGCAUUUCAGCAGUUUCAUCCAGUGGGCUUGGCGCUGUGCACGGACAGGCGAACUUACAGUUUGAACCUUCCUUGUACAGCAUGCCUCUUGGUGGGGCAAAUGCACCUCAAAAUUCCUUCACUUCCGUUCAGAUGAACAGGUUAUCUUCGGAGCAUGGUUCCACUCUCACCAAUCAGCCUGAUAGUUUUAUGCUACCUAGAUCCACAUACCAGGAGAGAGCGAUGUUCUCAAAUACUUCAGCUCCAGGUUCAAAUGAUAGCCCAAAUUUUGAACGUUUCCAGCAAGAUGAUCCACGCCAGAGAAAUGUUUCAGCGCAGGAGAAACUCGACCAGAUGAAGGGUUCUGGUCCACCAGAAAAAUCAUAUAUAAAAGCGCCUGGAAAUGUUUCUGGGUCACAGAAGUCGACAGCCUUAGAUCCAACAGAAGAAAAGAUUUUGUUUGGUUCGGAUGACAAUUUGUGGGAAGCAUUUGGAAACGACACUGAUAUGAGCUUGACAGGAAACCUGAUGUCCAGUAGUUCUGACCUUAAUGAUGCAUGCCCCCCUCUGAAAGGUGGGGGUUGGAGUGCUCUUAUGCUAUCUGCUGUAGCAGAAACAUCCAGUAAUGACGCAGGCUUUGGUAAUAGGGUCCAGAAUCUUGGUGUCAAGGCUUCAAAUGCAUUAAGUGAGAGACUCCAGAGUGAUUCGGGCUCUAUUCAAACGAAUGAGGGUAUUGAAGAUAGAUUUGGUAUUUGGAAGGCUGCUUCUAAUCCAAACUUAGUUGCUCCUGUUGAACAGAAGAAUCACUUCACCCAAAAUCUACAAAUGAAGGCAAACUAUGGAUUUGGCAUUGCCACUACUGCUUCUAGGGAUGUCCAGGAAAACCAACAGCAUUUGGGUAAUAACUCUGUGGAGAAAGCUACCCCUCAAGUGAAUUAUAGAGAUGGCAGUCAGAUUAGUCGCAAAUUUCACUAUCAUCCCAUGGGUAAUACUGGUGUCACUGAUGAGCCUUAUCGAGAAAAAGUUGCCCAUUUGCCACCCACACUGGAGCAAGUUUCUGCAGGAAAUCAAGGCUAUUUUGGGCAGCCAAAGUCUCUUAGUCAGCCACCUAUGAACAUGCAAAUUGACAGGGGACAUGUUUUACAAGGCAUAGGAUCAGAAAAUUCACCUACUACAUCUGCUUCAGCCGACAGAAGCGUUGAUAUGUGUAAUCAAGUGAAGAAUUCGUCAGGCAGACUAUGCUUGAGCUUCUUCACAAGGUGGACCAGCCGGAGGAGCAUUCUGUGGAAAAUGGUGGUCAAUUUCGUCAUAUUUUCUAUGAAUUAUUUGCAGCCAUUAAAUUCACUUCAUAUUACCCCUGAAAAAGGACCAACAAGUCAAAAAUCUUCUAAUGUUGGGAGUUCGGCUGAUGGCUCACAUAAUGUUCAAUCUCCAAAGCAGUUUAAUAUGCAGCAAAUGUCAGGCUCCGCACCAGGAGUGGAGAUUCCCUCAUCUGAGUCAUUGCCUCAUGGUGCAACUGAUACACUUCUGAAGGUUGGUAAACCAAAGAAGCGCAAAACCGCCACAUCAGAGCUUCUAUCUUGGAAUAAAGAAGUCAUGCAUGGUUCCCAGAGGCUUAAGACUCUCAGUGAGGCCGAGGUUGAUUGGGCCAGAGCAACUAAUCAAUUUGCUGAAAAGGUGGAAUUUGGGAAUUUACUUGAGGAUGGCCUACCAAUGAGAUCAAAAAGAAGGCUUAUAUAUUCAACACAACUCAUGCAACAACUAUUUCGCCCGCCUCCUGCUAGGGUAAUAUCUUUGAUUGCUAGCUCAAACUAUGAGUUUGUUGCAUAUACUGCUGCAAGAGGUGCACUAGGAGAUGCAUGUAGCUUCACUUUUACUGAUAGGAACGAAUGCCUUUUGCCCCAGAACAAAUCAAACCCGGUGUCUGAGAGAAGGAAAACUGAAACAAUCAGUGACCAGUACAUCUCCAAAGCUGCUGAAGAUUUCAUUAGCAGUUCACAGAAACUAGAUACUAACUUUGCAGGACUACAGAACGGAUCAACAAUUGCUGAUUUGAUCGUGGAAGUCCAGGAUCUAGAGAAGUUUGCAGUGAUCAAUCGUUUUGCGAAGUUCCACCCAACAUCCUCAUCUACGGACCGGACCGUGAGUUCACUGAGGUUAAACCCACAAAGACAUGUUACUAUAGCUCCAAUGCCUCAGAAUAUUCCAGACAGGGUACAAUGUCUCUCGCUCUAACUGUUGAUGAAUCCAUCUUAUUAUUCUGUUUUUGGCCAAUAGUCCCCAUUCAUAUGUAUCUAUCUCGUGCAUCCAAUGUCUCUAUUUUUUUUGGGUGGGUAUGAGUUAGUAGUUGGUCAGGAUUCUGAGAACUGUGAAGGCCUCUAUUGUCAAGAAGCCGGAGAUUUCCUACUAGACAUGUAGAAUUAAUCAUUAGUAUAUUCGUGAUCAUGAUUAUUGCAAGUCAGAAUCUUUUGUAUACUUAGUAAAGAAAAAUUGCUCAUAAUAGAAAUCUCAUAAGAUUACAACCUA